UUUCGUUCUUUAUCAAUUUCUACUGACACUAUAUAUAUAUAGUUAUGGUACUAACUGCUGGGCUUGUCUUAAACGUAGUUGAAUGUCAAUGUGGGCAACUUCACGUCCACCUUCAUAGCGCAACAGGUGUCUUAUUCAUGAAUAUCUACAUUGUCCAAAGCUAGAGUCGUAAGAUUACUUUUGAGGUUUGCAGGGUCAAUCGUCGGCAAAGUUUGUCCCAUUCUGAAGUGACUUUUUAUUAACAUGUCUUCCAUAAAAUCUGAAACAAGAUCACAGAAUACGAUUUCACAAUCCAUGAACGCAAAGCGUAAAUUUAUAAAUUCCUUAAUCAAGGCCUCCCCAGCGGAAAGAAUGGUUAUAAUCGGUGAGCUGUUGUACCCGGUUAUCAAAAGCCUCUAUCCUGAAAUAGCCAAACAAAUCAUCUAUGUAAUGGCAUCUACAUUCCAUUAUUCUGAAUUGUUCCAUAUGUUAAACUGUCGUUACUUCUUUGAUGUUCGAAUGAAAGAGGCUCUUAUUGUUAUUGAUAUGUGUAAAGACUUUUCGGAACCUAAUAACGUUCUACACCAAUUACUCACUGGACGCCAACCUUUGAACAGGUUACUCAAAAUACGACUUUUGGUUGUCCUACAACAUCACUGUGCAGAUAUUGCCGAUAUUAUUAUAAAUGAACUGGCAAAUUUGGACAACUCGGCUAUUCUUCAUCUCUUACAAUGCGCUGACUGCCGCACAAUGCACAUUGAUGAAAUUCGUUCUCAGAUAAUAGCUUAUUCCGGGAAACAACCAUAUGCAGUAAAAAACAGUCUCGUCAAUAUAAACGAAUCAGUUGAGAUUGUAGAUGAGCGCCAUCUGCUGGGAGAAGAUUUAUUCUCGACUCUUGAAGGUGACCAAACAUCCACUGAUGACGAUGAAAGAAUAACAGAGGAAAUAUCUCCGCAGAUCGUAAUACAAGGACAAGGAGGAAAAAUAUUCAGUGAACUUAGCAGUGUUCCUUUAACGUCAAAAGUUCAUAAAAAAAUUUUGAUAAAACAGUUUUUCCCGUUGAUAAAAUCACUUUAUCCUCGAUUUCAUCACAAGAUUCUAACUUUUAUAGAGGGGAUUGAUAAUUCUGAACUUAUUCAUAUGUUAUGGUGUCGGGCCUUUUUGCAUUUGAAACUUGACGAGAUUCACAGCAAAAUGAAGUUGUCUGAUGACUCAAUUUAUUGUAUGGAAGAAUCCAAAGAAUUCCUCUUUUCUGAGGAAGAAACCCAAUCAUUUUAUUAAUGGUAACAUUUUAGAUACAUGAGUACCAAAAUGUCUAAGAAUAAUUUUAUAAUGCACACGCGACUAUUUUAACAUUAUGUGAAAAUUGGAUUGGUAAAAUCGGUAGGGCGUGGACAAAAAUACCUUGUAGAAUUUCAUCUGGCUCUUUAGCGAGUUCAAAUCCCACCGAAAUCGAUGUUGCCAUUUAUUCCUCCGGGGUUGAUAAAAUAAAAUACAAGUCAAGUUUUGUGGCUGAUGUAAUCAGCAAACUUCUCCCCAAUUUUCAGGCCUGGUGCCUAUCUUAGAAACAGUAUAGCUCAUAAUAUAUCAAUUAUAUAUAAAAACAUUACUUUGAAGUGAACACUCUUUGUUAAUACUAGGAUUAUCCUAGUUGUUCGCAUUUUUGUGAGACGAAGCUUUCAUAUAGAAAUUCUAUAAGUUGGUCUUAAAAGAUAAAUUCUAUUUACCAAAUCAGUGUCAUAUAUAUAUCGACUGUUUUUAAUAUUGUUCACUUCUGUACGACUUUAUAUUCUCACUUUUUGAAACCAUUAAAAUACUUCUUUAACUCUUGAAUAUAUUAAACAUUAUUUUAAAUAUAUAAGAUAUACAUAUGUUUUUAAAAAAUAUUCUUAAAAUCUGUAGUGAAAAUUUCGGAGGGAACUGGUUUUAAUAAGAGAACACGUGGGUUCUCAUAUACUCCAGUUAAAUUGUAAGAAACCCUUUUUUACUUCUGAAGCACUGCUUUAGGGGAUUCUAUCUUUAAGGACUUCGCUACGUGAGACCCCAAAUUUGUUUUUAAAUAAAGUUAGUUUCCAAAUCUCGCUUGCGUUUCUAACAAGUCCCGUCCUUUUAGAUAAGGUAUCCUUAAGAUCAAUCUGGGUUUUAUAAACUGACAAAGGUGUUUUUCAUUCUUAAACUUAAAAACACUUUCUUUGUUUAAUCAUUUUCUUUUCUUGGUGGUUUGUCCUCAAAUGUAAUUUUACA